AAGAAUGCAAUUUGUUUUUUUUAAUGUUGGUUAUAUAAGUCACAAAAAACGGGAAAGAAUAUCACUAACACGGUAAAUUUCUAGUUAGAAAUGUGUUUUUAUGAGUCUCAUUUAUAAUAGACUAAUUUUUUGGAUUGGAUUCUCCUCGAGGCUUAUAUGGUAAUUGUACAAGAGGUCUCUAGUACGGGUUGAGAGAUGGAUCGGGAAUCUGCGGGUCGAGGCAGAUGCCGGAUCGCUUGACUAGAGCAAUGGGGGGAGGUACCUGCAAAGACACUCCGACGCUCAAGUCAAAAUGGAUCUGAGAGGUAUAAGGUGUGAGGAAUGAAUGAAUACCUGGAGGGAUUUGGAUCCUCUAUUUAUAGGUGAUGAUGGACAUCUUAUCUUAUCUUAUCUGACUAAGAUAAGGGAGACGUUUUGAAAGUCGGUUAGGAGUUCCAGAGGGCCGGCUUCGGGCCUUCUAGAAGAGCGGGGCGGGUUAGACCCGGAUAACCGGGUUUGGGUUUGAUCCCGGGUCAUGGAUCCGUGGAUCCGUAACAGUUGCCCCCGCAGCGGGAGAGCGAGCAAAGUCGGUUUCUCACUGGGAGAUGUGGUUUUGACCGCGAGCUAGGUCUUUGGUUCUUUUUCGGAUAGUCGUUUGCUUUUCGGUUCCGGGGUUAUUAGGAUCCGUGGGUUGGAUCCAUAAUAGUUGCCCCCGCAGCGGAAGGACGAUCGAGGUCGGUCUUUGUUGCUGGGAGGUACGGUCUUGGUCGUUUCCUCGGUGCCUCGGUGAUGGUUUUUGUGUUUUGGGGCUCGGUUCGUUUUCCGCACUGUUCGUUUGGUGCGAUCCUUUUGUUUCCUUGUGCCCGUUUAAUUAUUCGAGGCGUGUUUUUUGGUUUCCCGAAGGAGCAUUUAUUGCAGGGGAUACAUUUCCGUUUUUGCCCUUCUGUGUCAUGCUUAUUCCUUGGGUAUUUUUGUCUUUUCCCUUUCGGGGUUUAAAACCGUUUUGGUUCCCAUUUUCCUUUCUCUUGUUGCUUUUUCUGAUUCUAAGUGUACAAGAGUACUUUCCCUCUGUUCUGGCGCUGUUCUGCGUUCCUGGUUGUGCUUUUGGUUGUGCUCUUGUCUUCCUGCCUCCCAAGGAUAUUUUUGGGUUUCGCUCCGCAUUGUCAGUUGAGAUAGCUGGAGGUUUGACAACUCUUGCACGGUUGAAGGCUCAAUUGUCUCAGGGGACUUCUUCUGGCGGUACUUCCUCCACUCCGAACUCACGACCUACUGAUGAUACAAGAGUCGUUGCUGAGGAUCUUGUGUUGACCGAAGGUGGUACCGACGGGUCGGGUCGGGGUGUGGAGGCUGAUGAUGAUGUGGUUGUGCUAUCGCCGGAGGGUGCUUCCCGAAAGCGGAAGCGGUCGGAGGACGUUGAUAGUGAGAAUAUGGUGGAGGGGGAUGGUGCGGUCCCGUCCGUGGUGGAUCGCCGUUUUGACGCUCCUGCUUUCAUUGAUGAGUACCUAAUGCCGGGCACGGAGGAUUUCUUUCGUGAGUGUGAUGUGACUUUCUAGGCUAAGUCCCUCUAUCGUUCUCUCUUCCACUCCACUGUGAUUGUUCGGAAGGCCGAGCCUGUGAUGGCUCAGGUAGGCCUUCUGGAUAAGAAGUUUCGUCAAUCACAGGCCGAGGUGGCGAGGUUGAAGGGGUUGCUUGCUGAUGCCGAGUCGGCGAGGGAGCGGGCAGUGAAAUCUUCUGAGGAGUCUGGUGCCGAGAUCCUUCGCCUUUCCGAGGUUGAGACUUCUCUUUUGUCUCAGCUUGGGGAAGAG